AUGGUCACCUCUUGGAUCUUAAAUUCUCUGUCAAAGGACAUCACUGACAGUGUCGAAUAUGUGAAUGAUUCUGUUGAAUUGUGGAAAGAAUUGGAGGAUCGAUAUGAUCAAACAAACGGAGCUAAACUGUAUCAAAUUCAGAAAGAGAUCAAUGAUUUGAGUCGGGGUGUGUUUGAUAUCAUUGGGUACUACACAAAAAUGAAGAAAAUCUGGGAAGAAUUGAACACUCUCAGUGUCAAAACUCAUUGUAGUUGUGCAUUUGCUCUUCUGAUACAUGAGGAAAAGCAAAGGGAAUUUAAGCCAAGAAACCAACUAAAUAUCGAUUCCACAGCAUUGAAUGUCAUCCUAGGAGGAAGAAACUUCAAGACAAACUACUCAGCUGGGACUGGAAAUGAAAUUACAAAUAGUAGACCCCGACCUUUCUGUGGCUAUUGCAAAGGACAAGAUCACACUAAAGACAAGUGCUAUAAGCUGCAUGGAUACCCUCAGGGAUUCAUUCAAGGACCACAACAGUGCAAGCAAAUUUCUCAAGGAUAUAACAACAAUAUAAGUUCAACAAAGGAAAGAAUGCCAUGGCUAAUUAAGUCACAAAUGUGGAAAGAGGAGAAGAAUUGA